GCUUACACUGCUCAUCUGAUGGUUUAAGGGUACCAAGUCACCUUCUAUCACAGGCUUCCUGUCUUCUACCACUUUUUUCUGGAGAGGUGAGUAUGCUUCUCUCAUCAAACCUGCCUUUUUGUCUUAAAGAGCCACCAGAGCAGGUGACGCUGGAGCUGCAGCCUGCAUGGGUGGCCGUGGAUGAAGUCUUUACAGUGAAGUGCCAUGUGCCCAGUGUAGCACCCCUGGAGAAUCUCACCCUUACCCUUCUCCAGGGUAACCAAGAACUACAUAGAAAGAACUUUAUGAGCUUGGCUGUGGCCUCCCAAAGAGCUGAGAUCACCAUCAGUGUCAAAGCACAAAGGAAGGACGACAGGUGCAAUUUCUCCUGCUCUGCAGAACUGGACUUGAGUUCACGUGGUGGCGAGCUCUUUCAUGCCAACUCAGCCAUCAAGGUGCUCCGGAGCUUUGAAUUCUCUCAGCACCCCCAAAUCUGGGUCUCUCCGCUUCUGGAGGUUGGGAUGGCAGAGACUGUGAGCUGUGAGGUGGCUAGGGUGUUCCCAGCCAAAGAGGUCAUGUUCCACGUGUUUCUGGGAGACCAGGAGCUGAGCCCCUUUCUCUCCUGGGAGGAAGACACAGCAUGGGCCAAUGCCACUGUUCGGGCCAUGGAGACUGGGGAUCAGGAGCUGUCCUGCCUUGUAUCUCUGGGUCCGAUGGAACAGAAGACAAGAGAGCCCGUGCAUGUCUAUAGCUUCCCUCCACCAAUCCUGGAGAUAGAAGAAUUAUACCCAUUGGCAGGGACAGACAUUAAUGUGACCUGCACAGGGCAUGUGUUAACAUCACCCAGCCCUACUCUUUGGCUUCAGGGAGUCCCAGACCUCCCUGCCCCCGGGGAGCCUGCCUGGCUUUCACUUACCACCAGGGAAGAAGACGAUGGCCGAAAUUUCUCCUGUGAGGCCUCUUUGGAGGUUCAGGGUCAGCGGUUCAUCAAAACCACUACCAUCCAGCUCCAUGUCUUGUAUGAGCCACGGUUAGAGGAAUCUGGUUGCCCUGGCAACCAGACAUGGAUGGAAGGGACGGAGCAGAUGCUUGCCUGCAUCCCAAGGGGAAACCCCACUCCAUCAUUGGUGUGUACCUGGAAUGGAGUGAUCUUUGACCUUGAAGUGCCACAGAAGGCCACCCAGAACCACACCGGAAUCUACUGCUGCACAGCCACCAACCAGCUGGGCUCUGUCAGCAAAGACAUUGCUCUCAUUGUUCAAGGACUGGAUGAAGGAAACAGCUCCACCAUCUUCAUCAUUAUUAUCGUUGCCCUUGGAGUGGGUGUAAUCAUCAUAGCACUGUAUUUGAACUAUCGACCCUGCAAGAUGGAGAGGAGGAAAUUGCCCUAUAGGCAGAAAGAGAAGAACAAAGAGGAGGAAAGCCAGAUUGCUGUUUGACAAGCAGAAAAAUGUAACGCACACAGUUAUUAAAUAGAAACAGCUAUUUGAUUGAAGGUGACCUCUACUGCUGGGGUUUCCUUCAGGGAGAAAAGGGGGUAGAGGGGAAAGGAAGAGACAUUAUCCUUUGUGUUGUGCAGUCCCAUAAAACAAGGGCUCAGACCCCCAAUUGUCCUUUGUAUCCAAUCCAUCCACAAGCUGUACUCCUCCGAGCUCACUCUAGUCACUAGGACUUUCAGUCUCAGUGUUCAGCCAGAGAAGGCCUCUUCUCCUUGCUCUAUGCUUAAGCAGUCCACUCUUA